GCGGGAACUUAAAGGAGGGAGGACUGAGACUGAGCUGGAGUUUCACUAGACAUGUCUUACUACGAACACAUCAUCUUCGAGGACAACUCUUUCCUGGACAACUCCUCGGAGGCUGAGUCCGGUUCAGGGGAUCUGGGCGCCGACUUCGAUGUGCCCUGCGACCGCGCGCUCAGCCACGAGCUGCAGGCGCGCGUGCUGCCCGCCGUCUACGGCCUGAUCUUCGCGCUGGGCCUGGUGGGCAACGGCCUGGUGUUGCUGGUGAUGGGUUGCCAACGGGGCGCGCGCAGCAUGACGGACCGCUACCGGCUGCACUUGUCCGUGGCGGACCUGCUCUUCGUGCUCUCGCUGCCCUUCUGGGCGGUGGACGCGGCGCGCGGCUGGCUCUUCGGCGGCUUCAUGUGCGUGGCCGUGCACGCUGUGUACACGGUCAACCUGUACGGCAGCGUGCUGCUGCUGGCCUUCAUCAGCGUGGACCGCUACCUGGCCGUGGCGCGCGCCACCAGCAGCCGCAGCGCGCGCCGCCUGCUGGCCGAGCGCGUGGUCUACGUGGGAGCGUGGCUGCCCGCCGCGCUGCUCACGGCACCCGACCUGGCCUUCGCCACCGUUGAGGAGGACCCGAGCUUGGUGGACGGCACGCGCAUCGUUUGCGCGCGUGUCUACCCGGCCGAGUCGGCCGCCACCUGGACCAUCGCCUUCAGGAUGCAGCACGUGCUCGUGGGCUUCGCGCUGCCCGGCGCCGUGCUGUUGGCGUGCUACUGCGUGGUGGCGGCGCGCCUGGCGCGCGGCCCCGCCGGUGUGGGCGCGCAGAAGCGGCGCGCGCUGCGCACCACCGUGGCUCUCGUGGCGUGCUUCUUCGCCUGCUGGAUGCCCUACUGCGCCGCCAUCCUCGUGGACACUCUGGUGUCACUUGGCGUACUCGAGCACACGUGCGAGCGGCAGCGCGCGCUCGAGCGCUGGAUCUGCGCCACGGAGGCGCUCGCCUACUUCCACUGCUGCCUUAACCCCAUUCUGUACGCCUUCCUGGGGGCCACGUUCAAGAGGUCCGCGCGCAACGCGCUGUCAGGCGGACGGAGCUCCAGCAUCAAGAUCCUGCCCAAGAAGAAAGGGGGCGUGUCCACGUCCACAGAGUCCGAGUCGUCCAGCUUCCACUCCAGUUAACAAGGACACAAGCGAGGGACUUUCUAUGAACUGUAAAUGUAUAUAUACACAUAUAUAUUGGACUUGCAAUGGACGUGAUAUUUUCAUAUUCACAUAGAAAAAGACUCAAAGUUGCUAUGUUCCCAUGUACAGACCCCCCAUUGGAUUAAACGUCUGUUUUCCAUGAGCUUGCUGUAUUUAUACACACGCAAACUGCAGUUGUAAAUAUAUGUGUGAUGGACUUGCUGUGUGAGCUGGCAGGCUGAGCCUGUAGACCACUGAGUGGUCAGCCAGCACCAGCCUUUAUGUAAAUAGCAGGACAGUCCAGUAUUACCGGUGAGACAGAGGACUUUCACAUGGUGUGGAGUGCAUGAACACUGGAGUGUAUGAAUGAGGAACAGUGCCUCUUAAAGGGGAUUUUUUUUAAAAUCCCCACAUAAUUGUACCGUUUCUAUCUAAACAAAGUCAUUCAGAGUGUUCUAAUGUGAAAUGGUUCAUUGCAGAGAAACUUACAGAGUCAGGUUUCUACACGGAGGUGGUGAUAGGAACCAGGGGCGUGAUCUUUAUCACACAAAUGUAGAGUUUUUAUAUGUAAUGUUGAUAAUAGUGGUGAAUUCAAAACAAUUCGUUUUCUUAAGGGACUAAUUGUGUGCCCCACAAUGCCCUGCAUGUACCUUUCUGAUUUACAUGUUCUAGGCCAAGGCCUUAUGUCAUUUCAUGUAAUAUCUUGCAAUGCGGUAGCUCCUAGAGGUGGACGUCUGGUUCCUAUCACCACCACUAUGAUCAAUUCUGACUAGGUAAGUUUCUCUAGA